CGGCCUGGCCAGCCCUCCAUGUCUCACAGACUGGAGUGUGCAGUCCACGCUUUGUAAAGAAAAUCCGGGGGAGGGGGGGUUGAGGGGGUUGCAACUGCCGAGGAUACGAGGCCGUGUUGUUGUUCUCGUUUUUAAAGAUGGCCCAGAACACAUCAACCACUUGAUCACUCUACCUACUAGUUAGCUAAAAUCUCAGCCUCUCAAACCCAAGAAAGAAUCCAUCAUAGUACCUAUCUCGCAAACAAAAGAAAACAGAGAAAAACAGACACAAUGAAGAACAUCGCCGCCCUCGUCGCCACCGUAGCCCUCGCCGCCCAGAGCGCCUCCGCGCACUACAUCUUCCAGGCCCUGUCCAAGGGCAGUGGGAAGGGCGUGGUCUACGAGUACGUCCGGCGAAACAGCAACUACAACUCUCCCGUCACCGACCUAUCCUCCCCCGACCUCCGCUGCAACGUCGGCGGCGCCACCGGCGGCAACACGAGCACCCUGGACCUCGCCGCCGGCGACGCCUUCACCUUCACCCUCGACACGGCCGUGUACCACCAGGGGCCCAUCUCGCUGUACAUGUCGAAGGCGCCGGGGAGCGCCGGCGAGUACGACGGCAGCGGCGACUGGUUCAAGAUCAACGACUGGGCGCCCAUCUUCAACGGGGGGCAGGCUAGCUGGACCAUGAAGGACACCUACACCUUCAACAUCCCCUCCUGCAUCCCCAGCGGCGAGUACCUCCUGCGGAUCCAGUCCCUCGCGCUGCACAACCCCGGCGGCGUCCCGCAGUUCUACAUCGGCUGCGGCCAGAUCAACCUCACCGGCGGCGGCAGCGCCUCCCCCUCGCCCACCGCCAAGAUCCCCGGCGCCUUCAAGGCCACUGAUCCUGGGUACACCGCCAACAUCUACAACAACUUCAACUCGUACAUCGUGCCCGGCCCGUCCGUGUUUAAAUGCUAACCGCCCAACCCAACCCAACCCAAUCAACAAUCUCAUGCCAGCUUUGGAAUUUCUCCGGGGGGGCUGUGAUGGUUGGUGUAUCGAAAAAUUUUUUUU